GUCUUAGUUCGGGCUUUGCCACAGAACCGCAUUGCAAAAUGUUUACACGCUAUCUUAAAUUUAUAAGUGAACCUAUAAUCUUUCAACGAGAUAAUUUGGAAGUGCUCUAUACUGACUCUACAUGCCGGAUUGGCCUUGACCGAAAGAUCGUUUUUAUGUGAAAUGAGACACUCCAUUAUAUCCCCUUCGUCAUUUUUCAACUCGGAACUACACAGAGUCUCCAUUUCCUUACGACAGUGUUGCAUGAUACAACUCGUCUUGAUUUUGAUGGUGUCGUCGGAGGGAUAGGCGUGUCUGUAAAGACAAGGUAGAACUUGCGGUUCAUAAGUGGGCUGGUCUUUCUGCGACUCCUCCCAAUUCGUAUUGGCGUGGCAAAUUCGGACCGCGUCUUCUUUGCACGCCCUGUAUAACUUCGGGUCAAGUUUAAAGUCACGUGCAAUGAAAUACUGGAUUUGGAUCAGAGCGUCUUCGCAUUCUUCGGUCAUGUGAUCGGCGCCUAUGUUGUCCAUUAGGCAGGACAUGACACGGGCGUCGCCACCUUUGAUGUCGUGACAGACGGUUCGCACGACGUGGUAACAGGCCUGAUGCAAGACGGGGUCCACGCGCCAGUCUUCGCCAGCGUCGGUUUCCUUGACCAAGGAUUCCAACUGAAAAAAAUUAAAUUAAUUAAACGUUUAGUGCACUUGUAUUUGUUAAUAAUCACUUACAGCUCUCAUGCACGUAUCCCCGAGCCUCUUCUUCACAUUUUUGAACCUGGCGUGGUCCAUCAAACAAUGUAUCGUCUUGCCUCCGGCCUCGAAUCCUUGGCAAUAAUUCCGGAUUUCUUCACUACACCCGUCCACGAUUUCCGGUGAUACACUAAAAUCCUCCAUGAGCAACCGGCGAUGUUCCACCAACUCGAUCUCACAAUCGGGGUCGAUUUUCAUGCUUCCGUUUUUCGCCACGUUUUCCAGACAGAGGAGAAUUUGUGCAAGGCGUAUAUUUUUGUCGUUGGAGGUCUGUCGACGACAGUGAGUCUUCCUGAUAUCGUCCUUGCAAGCCCGCAUUAAGCCUUUGCUGACUCUGUAAUCUUGCGAGAUGAGUUUCUGGCGUUUGAGGAGUUGCUUGUGGCAUUCGUUCGUGAUGCGGUCUUUGGGUUGGUCCAUGAGACAGGUAAAGAUACGGCCGGUGCCGGCGGGAAAUUGCUUACAAUAACGUCGGUGGUCUUCCGCACAAGCCAUAUACAAUUGGCGGUCAAGUUUAAUAUUUUCUGCUUGUAAUUCGGAUAAUUUGAAAACUUCGUGUUUGCAGUCAUCGUGGACAUUAAGAAUGCUGUUUUGGAGACACGUGACCGUCUCGAAUUGGGUCCAAGAGGUGCCGUCGAUCUUGCCACAGUGUAGGCGUUCAAUGUCCGCAUUGCAGUGUUCCAAAAAAUUGGCAAUCCAGCGGUAGUCUUGAAACGCAACUCCUUCGAGUCUUAAUAACACAUUAUUGCAAGAACUAUCAGUGAUUUUUUCUUUAUUGUUAACUAUACAUUUGAGGUACUCUCCAGAGGAACUGUCGCAGUUGAUAUUCUCCAAAUCGCGGGAGCAAUACCGGCCUAAAAACUCCUUGACUCGUGCAUCACUCGUCAAAGCUCGAAUGUGGGUCCAAAUCACAUUCUGGCACUCCUUUCUCAAAUCAGACAAUCUCGACGGAUUCAGCGAUUAGGACUUUAACUUCGUUACAUGCCGGAUCCUCCACAAUCGACUUGAAUGUCUCGCGUUUGGCUCGAUGUAAAACAAAUUCGGGUUUUACACAAAACACUGCAGUUGUUAACCCCAAAAUCCACAAAUAAUUCAAAAACAUUUCAUUGAUUUUAUGGCUUGUUCCACGGAAAUUGUAGCUAGGGCACACCUUGUUAAAAGCAAUUCUUAUCACUAGUAAACAAACAACGAUUUCCGACUUGUUAUCACCGGGUUUUAAAAUAAAAAAUAAAAGACCAAUGUCACGUUUGACUUUUAUUAAAAUCGCGAACACAGACAGACACGAAUGUCGCGAAUGAGUGAAAUUCCGGAUUUGCUAAAUUAGUACCAACCUAAAAAAAUAUGGUUAGGUGUCAAAAAUGUUCGGUUUCGAAUCAAAAAACUAAUUUUAAUUGAGUUAAUAAAUCUGGCAUUGAAUACCAAUUGAGAUAAAAAAUGAAGUAGUUAGAUUUAUUGUAUUUCCAGUUUAUAUUUUUCGAAAAACAUAAACUCCCAUGUCAAAAUGGGUGAUGGUGAGCCUUUCCCCAGUUUUUUCUUCUCAAGGGCCCCCUUACCCGAACGAGUUGAGCUAAUUAACUUUAAAGAGGGCAAAAGGGACAAGUUUUACUGGAUGUUAUCAAUCGAUAACGAUUCUAGAAAUAACGAGCCAACAGGGCACUCCGCACUAGCCCCUUACGACGACAAUGAUGCCGAAAUGUUAGACUGUUGUGAUUUGGAAGAUAAUUACGAAAUCAAUCCUACAAAAUCGGGCAAAUUUAUUACGUCUUUCUACGUCCCAAAUGCUUUACAUUCCGUAAUUGUGGGUCCACGUGGGUCUAAAUUACGAGAAUUGCAAGACAACACAAGUACUUUGAUUAAAGUACCAAAGCCUGGUGGAGACCCUAUUGUGAAAAUAACGGGCCAUAGUGAGCGUAGCGUGGCAUCAGCAAGAACACAAAUAGCUCUUCUUUUACUGUCGAGGCGGGAAAAGCUAUCAAUAACCCAUUUUGUCUCAAUUCCUAUUUAUUCUGACAUUAUUAGGCGGAAUUUCCUCAAAUUUAAAGAAGAAAUUCUUCAAGGACCCUCCACUAGGGGCAUUGAUGGGACAAUUUUUCAAAAAGUGGAAAAGUUUCAUCUUACUAUAGUCACUCUGGCUCUUUUAGACGAGAAAGAAAUUGAAGAAGCUAAACAAAUGUUAAAUAAAUGCCAAAAUAACAUUCAAAAAAUUUUCGCAGGCAGAAAGCCGCAAAUCGUGAUGAAAGGAAUUGAAAUUUUGAAUGAUGAUCCUCAUGAAGUUGAUGUUUUGUAUGGGAAAGUUUGUCUAGACAGCAAAGGGGAUGUUGAUUGUCUGCAAGAAGCAGCAGAUGAAAUUUUGGAUGCGUUUUACAGGAAUGGUUUGGUGAGGAAACAAUAUGAUAACGUUAAAUUACACGUAACUUUGAUGAACACAAUUUUCCGCAAAAACGAAGACUUUCAGAAAAAUAUAGACAACAAGAGGAGAGAAUCAUUUGAUGCUAGUUUUAUUUUAGACAGAUACAAAGAUUAUUAUUUUGGAAAGACAACACUGGAGCAAAUACAUUUAUCAGUCAGAUUUACUUCAGCUCAAAAUGGAUACUAUCAGUCAGCGGCAGUUAUUACUCUGUAACGGUUAAUGGAUAGUUUGUAAUAAAUACCAAUUUUAUUUUAUAAUAAAGAGAAGAGAACUAUUUAUUAUGACUAGUUGUUAAUAAAGUAUUUUACUCAA